GUUAUGUUUUCAUUCUUCGUGGCGCGAUAUUUCUUUCGAAACGUAGCCAGCGCACUGGGCGAUUUGAGUGGGCGACUGACGAAGAUGAUGCGACCUUUAAAAGGCAGCAGGAUUGCGGAAGGAGUUUCGGAAAGUGUGUUCACGUUUCUGAAGUUCCUCAUUGUCUGGAUACUGGUACUUCUGGCAGAUUUCAUCCUUGAGCUCCGAUUUGAAUAUUUAUGGCCAGGUUGGCUAUUUAUCAAGAGGGUUUAUAAUUCUUCACGAUAUCAGGGCCUUGCUUUUUCCAUACUUUUUGUAUGUGCAGCAUUUACCUCAGAUGUAUUUUGUUUUAUCUUCAUACCAUUGCACUGGCUUUUCUUUGCAGCCAGUACAUAUGUAUGGAUACAGUACCUCUGGAACUCAGAUAGAGGUGGUUGCUUAUCUACUUUGUCUCUUUGGAUACUAUUUAUUUAUAUAGAAGCAACAAUCAGAUUUAAGGAUUUAAGAAAUUUCAAUGUAGAUCUUUGUCGCCCAUUUGCAGCACACUGCAUAGGGUAUCCAGUGGUGUCUUUCGGUUUUGAAUUUAAAAGUUACAUUUGCUACAAAAUUAAACUAAGGAAACAAAAAGAAGUUAAAAAACAGAAUGAAUUCUUCAUGCAAAUUCUACGGCAGGCCUUACCUUUAGAACCACAACUGCAAACAAGACUGGACCAGAGUUUGGAAGAAGCAUUUAAAGCACUUCCACUAUCCUCUCAAUACCAGCAUCCAACGAAAGCCAUUACAAUAGGGAAGAAAUACACUUUAGCCUUACCAGAACUGGAAUUUAAAGAUAAAGGCAAAGAGAAAGAGAAGGAAGUCACAAAACAAGCUGUCACAGCCAGUCACUGUUUACAAGCAACUGAUUCUAGAAUGACUGAUACAGAGUGUACAGAAAAUCACUUCAACAAGAAUUCAGAGUAUGAAUCAUCUGGUAGCACAGAAAAUCUACCCCAUGAUGAUUUAUGUGCUGAAUCUUCAAAAAUUUGCAAACACUUAUCACCAAAGGCACAUGGUGCGUCUAAUGGCAAUGUGAUCUUUGCUAAAAAUGAGAAGAAGCAAAAGUGUUCAAGCAAAAACACAAGCAUGCGGAAAGGGAUAUUUGAAAAUGGCUCUUUAAAUAAUCAGAACAGCAAACCAGAGACUGUACUACGAUUGGAACAUGAUAUAAAAAAGCUAAAGACAGACCUACAAACCUCUAGGCAAUCUGAACAGGAGCUCCGAAGUCAGAUUAAUCUACUGACCAACAGCAAACAAAAAAUACGAUCUGAACUUGUUCAGCUUCGACAAGAAAAUGAACUUUUGCAGACCAGAAUGCAUUGUGCUUUGCAAGCAAAACAGAAAGACAAACAGAAUAUCAUCUACUUAGAGAAAAAACUUAGAACAGAACUGGAUGGUCGAGCUCUGCUGGAGAAGCAGCUGAUGGACACAAAGAAGAGGAAAACAGAUGAUCCUACAGUUAUUGCACGGGCAGUCUCAUUCAAUGCAUCCAUGAGAGGAGAUUGCACAGAGUCUCUGAAGAACAGAAUAAAAGAAUUGGAUGCAGAAUAUAAACAGCUGCAAACAGAGCUCAAAAUGAAAGAUGAACACCUAAGAAAAGUAGAGCAGGAGGUGCAGGAGCUUUGUAAAUAUAAGGAAAAUGAGCAGGACACUGAAAUGUUGAUGGCAGCACUUUCAGCCAUGCAAGAUAAGACACAACACUUAGAAAUCAAUCUUAGUGCAGAGACAAGAAUUAAACUGGACCUUUUCUCUGCUCUUGGGGAUGCCAGGCGACAGCUAGAGAUUGCACAAGGGCACAUAAUCCAACAAGACCAGGAAAUUGAAGAACUCAAACAGAAGGUUGCUGAAGUUAUGGCAGUUAUGCCUGGGAUUAAUUACAGUGUUACACAUACACUUAGUCCUGCAACCUCACAUUAUUCCUCUAAAUUUGUGGAGACUGGAAAUUCUGUUCUUGAUCCUAAUACUUUAAUGUACCAGCCACUGAAGAAAUAAAUGCACUAUCCUCCUUAUCUACCCCUCAGUUACCACACAUUUCCUAAUUACCCAUGGUUAAUGCUGGUGGAGGUGAUGUUUUUGUAUUCAAAAAUAUGGAUUUUUACUUUUUAUAUACUAUUUUGGGUUUUCAGGUAUGAUCAAAUAGCAUUGGGGUGCUUUGAAAAUGAUUAGAUUAUUUAGAAUACCUACAUAAUUUGAAGCAUUUAGCCAUUAUUGCAUGCUUCAAUCUGCCCAACGCAUUACAACUUCAAUCCAGUGUCCUCAGUAACACACCUUACUGUUUAACUGUACCAUUAUAAAUGCAUGACUAAUUCCGGCAUGUUACGAAUUUCUUUUAGUGCUUGAAAUAAUGGUCAAAAUUAACACAGUUCGCAUCAACAAACAAUUCAUAGAAGGCACAGAGGUGGCAGUUUUACAAUAAUGAUGUGAGAAUGUUAAAACUAACUGUACUGAGAACACUGUUCUAACAGAGCAGGUCUAUUAUAUGCACUGUUGUAGAUCUUUCUCUAAGAUUUACCAAAAUCAUUGCCUUCCACCUUUGAACCACAAAUAAGACAAUAACGGGUAACACAUUCCUCUAAAGAAAUAUGGCUUGUAACUUGCAAGCAAAACCAUUUAGAUGUUUAUAACAGAUAUUGUCUAGGAGAAACAACUAGCUUGUUUAUCAUUCCAUCAUAUGAAUAUUUUAUCAUGUGCUAAAUAUUAUCAUCGUUAAGUAGUACACUGUCACCAAAGACCAUUUAACAUCUAUGUAAUUUUUAUUCAACAAAUGGUUACUCUACCCUAUUUCUUUUUUCCUUGAUUCAACGUUUUUGAGCAAUUGAUCCUUCAAAUAUUGUUCUCACCAGUUAUCAUUAGGACUGCAUUCUAUCGCUGCAUAGACAUACUUUGAUGUUCAACUUCUUUUAUACAACCAAUUAUACUUCUAACAUGAUCCAGUUGGCACUAGGCUCAUCCCAAAACCAUGCAUUUUAUAUCAUUUUUGUCAUAUAUAGCUUAUGUUUUAAUUUCAUUGUGGGGACUAAAGUCUGGUGCUAGUAAGUGAGCAAGAAACUAUGGUGAACAGUUAAAUGUGUUGAGUUAAUGAUACUACUUGAUGCAACAGUAUGAUGUCAGUUCCACAUUUUUAUUUGCAUCUGCCUGUGACCUGAACAAUUAAUUUUAUAAUUGUAAACAAAGUCAGAAAACUGCUGGAAAUCUGAAAUAAAAAGCAAAAAUGUCAAAAGCAUGUCAGAAAGCAUCUCUGGA